AGGAGGAGAGUUAUAUUUCGAGUCAAUAUAUGACGUGGUCGAGAAUCCCUAAAUUUUACACUGCAAAACUGUACUUUCCAAUGGAAUCUCUCACUGUUCCAGAUUCCAGUGAGCGCCGACUUUACCUGGCAGAAAAUAAAUUACCCUGAUUAGAAUUCAAUUCCAUCGUCUCUGCUACGAUUCUAAACCCGAAUAAGAAUUUCACAGAUAUAGUAAAACACAACUAACCUGUAAAACCAACUCACCUAACUCUCUCAUUCUCUCAAACUCUCAAACACUGUACCACCGGCCAUGGAUUCCCAACCGCAACCGGGGCAGCAAGACCCAGAACCCAGAAGCUACUGGAAAAGAUGGACCAAGCAGGACUUCUUCCCGGAACCCACUUUCCGCAACUUGAGUUCCUACAAAGACGCCCUCUCCCACACCCCCUCCCGCCUCAAAGACCGCCUCCUCAACCGCUCCUCCGACUCCUUCGAGCUCCUCCACCUGCCCAAGCAAAGCGAGCACCACAUGCACCGCUGCCUCACCUGGUGGGACCUCAUCUGGCUCGGUUUCGGCUCAGUCGUCGGCUCCGGCAUUUUCGUCAUCACCGGCGAGGCCACUCUCCUAGCCGGACCAGCCAUUGUCUUGUCCUACGCCAUCUCCGGCCUGUCGGCUCUGCUCUCUGUCCUCUGCUACACAGAAUUCGCCGUCGAAGUUCCUGUUGCCGGAGGAUCUUUCUCGUAUCUUCGGAUAGAAUUGGGAGACUUCGUUGCAUUCAUUGCAGCCGGGAACAUUCUCCUCGAGGCCAUGGUGGGGGCGGCUGGGUUGGGCCGGUCGUGGACUUCUUACUUGGCCAGCAUGAUCAACACCGACAACACCGACUUUCUGAGGUUUCGGGUAAGCUCUCUGCCUGAUGGGUUCAAUCUGUUGGACCCAAUUGCUGUUGUGGUGCUUCUGGUUGCUAAUGGUAUAGCAAUGAGCGGGACGGCUCGGACUUCGAUGCUGAAUUGGAUUGCUUCUAUUGCUAGUGCAUUGGUUAUUCUGUUUAUUAUAGUUGUGGGUUUUAUUUACGGCAAGACUGAGAAUCUGCGCCCUUUUUUCCCGUAUGGGGCAGAGGGUGUUUUCAAGGCUGCGGCUGUAGUUUAUUGGUCUUAUACUGGUUUUGACAUGGUUGCGAACCUUGCGGAGGAAGUUAAGCAGCCCUCCAAGGAUAUACCAGUGGGUUUGAUUGGUUCUAUGAGUCUGAUCACUGUGAUUUAUUGCUUGAUGGCUUUGGCUUUGGUUAUGAUGCAGAAGUACACUGAGGUUAGUGCAGAUGCUGCCUAUUCGGUUGCUUUUACGGCUAUUGGGAUGAAUUGGGCUAAGUAUUUAGUGAGUAUAUGUGCCCUUAAGGGAAUGACUACAAGCUUGCUGGUUGGAUCUCUUGGGCAAGCUAGGUAUACCACACAGAUUGCAAGAUCUCAUAUGAUUUCACCCUGGUUCGCUCUGGUUCACCCGAGAACUGGAACCCCCAUUUAUGCUACUAUGUUGGUGACCAUAGCAAGUGCAAUUGUGGCCUUCUUUACUAGUCUGGAUGUGCUGUCGAGUGUGUUUUCUUUCAGUACACUCUCUAUUUUCAUGUGUGUCGCUAUUGCAUUGCUUGUGAGGCGGUAUUAUGUUAAGGAUCUGACAGCUAAAAACGACCUGGUCAAGUUUCUUGCAAGUUUAUUUGUUAUAAUUGGUUCUUCAAUCGCAAUUGCUGCACUUUGGAACACGGAUGUGCGAGGUUGGGUUUGGUAUGUUGUGGUUGGUGUGAUUUGGUUUUCUGGGACUUUGUGGAUGGCAUUGCUUCCCAAGCAAAGAGUUGCCAAGGUUUGGAGUGUUCCACUAGUUCCGUGGGUGCCGGCAUUGUCCAUUGGAAUUAAUCUCUUCCUCAUUGGGUCUCUGGGUUAUGUUGCAUUCUUGAGGUUUGCCAUUUGCACUGCAGUAAUGAUUGUCUACUAUUUGUUUGUUGGUGUGCAUGCGACAUAUGAUGUUGCUCACCAGAUUGACCGACAAGAAUCAAGAACUGAGGAGGGAAGUGCCAGUCAACGGGUACUGCUGUAGCAGAUUGAACAAGAAUGGAUGCAACAUAUGAACAUAAGUUAAACACUUUGGUAUAUGUCAUUAGUUUCUCAGAAGAAGGUACAAUGCAUAAACAGUGGUUUCACAGACAGACAGAUCUGCGAAGAAUAUCACCUGGUGAUGGAGUAUUGCUCAUUGCUUUAGUUGGUUUAGUCAUUCGAAACAAAGACACUAGUUAAAGAGAUGGAUUUGAUUGCAAAACUAAGCUAGAAGGAGGUUGAAAAAUUUAAUGUGCAACUGCAGAGAAGAAUCUGACACGGUAAAACAAUAUUGGAUUGUCUAGUGAUAGGCCGUUAUAUUGGUUAUCUGGGCAGAAAGGAAUAGGCGAAUGUUGAACAUGCUCGGAGGCUACAGAGACUGAUAAGUUUUGCACAGUGCAAGGCAUGUGUCUCUCCACUCCAGAUUUUCAGGGUAUAUCUGGAAAGGUGCAGUAUCUUGGCUUCUCGUAUAUCUCUUAUUUCUCUAUUCAAGUUUGUGAUGCUAUGGAGCUGAAUAGCAACACAAAGACACUACUGGUUUAGUCUUCUCUUAGCCGCAGUGUUAUGGUGUUCGAUGAGGGCACCCUUUUGACUGAUCCUCCGACAACCAGUAUAAAGCAGCAUUAUGUACAUGUUCUGCCUUUCCCUUCCAUUUCUCAUGUGUUUCUAAAUUUGAGAAAAUGGUUAGGCGCAGAGACUCGAAGCUUUUCAACAAGAAGUCUCGCUGCAGCCAAUCUCUAGGGACUCAACUCCAUAGAACGCUAAUUGGUGCAAAUUUUAUGGAGUUUUUCCCAACAUAGCCUGAUGCAAUUUCAAAUUUUAAAAUUAUAAACAGAAUCUGGAAUUCCGAAAUAAGAGUACCUAUAAAUAGAAUUUCCAUCAUACCCCCAG